CUCAAUUCCACUCACAAGUGACUCUCCUGCAACAACAGAAGGCCCAUGGACACCUCAUCCCACAACUCCAUCCACAACUGCCUCUCCUGCAACAACAGAAGGCACAUGGACAACUCAUCCCACAACUCCAUCCACAACUGCCUCUUCUACAACACAAGCUUCGCUUGGCAACAUGACCACCCCAGGGCCUCACUACACCACCACCAGGCCAACGGCCGAGGCGGCAUGCGGGGGCUUCCUGUCCCGGCCCUCGGGGCGCUUCUCCAGCCCGUCCUACCCCGGGAGCUACCCCAACAACGCCCGCUGCGUGUGGGACAUCGAGGUCCAGAACAACCACCGCGUGACCGUGGUCUUCAGAGACGUGCAGUGUUCGACGGCCCCGCCCUCGGCUCCCGGCUCCUCGGCCGCGUCUGCCACGGCUCAAGGGACUCCUUCACGUCGUCCUCCAACUUCAUGUCCAUCCGCUUCGUCAGCGACGGCAGCGUCACCCGCAGCGGGUUCCAGGCCGACUACUACUCCCGCCCCUCCAACCACAGCACCAAGCUGCUCUGCCUGCCGGACCGGAUGCAGGCCAACGUGAGCAGGAGCUACCUGCAGACCCUGGGCUACUCGGCCAGCGACCUGGUCAUCCCCCGCUGGGAAGGCGUGCGGCCGUGUCAGGCCCAGGUCACGGCGAGCCAGGUGACCUUCACCAUCCCCUACGCGGGCUGCGGCACCGUCCAGCAGCUGGACAACGACACCAUCACCUACUCCAACACCCUGCAAGCAGCCAGCGCCGUCGCGAGCGGCGUCAUCCAGAGGCGGCCGAGCCUGCACCUCCACGUGAGCUGCCGGAUGCUGCGGGACACCUGGGUGGACCUCAUGUAUGUCGCCAACGACAACGCCGAGGUCCAGGAAGUGCAGUACGGCCACUUCGCCGUCAACAUGUCCUUCUACACGUCGCCCUCCUUUGCGUAUCCCGUGACCUCUCACCCCUACUACGUGCGCUUGAACCAGGACCUGUACGUUCAGGCUGAGAUCCGCCGCGCCGACGCCUCCAUGGCCCUGUUCGUGGACACCUGCGUGGCAUCGCCGUCCUCCGAGGACUUGGCCUCCGUGACCUACGACCUCAUCCGGAGCGGGUGCGUGAGGGACGACACCUACCAGGCCCUCCCCGCGCCGCCCGGCCUCGCCCGCUUCCGGUUCCGCUCCUUCCACUUCCUGCGCCGCCUCCCCGCCGUGUACCUGCACUGCAAGGUGCUCGUGUGCCGGGCCCAUGACCCCGCCUCCCGCUGCCGCAGCGGCUGCCAGCCCAGGCCCAAGCGGGACGUGGGCGCCUACCAGGAGCAGGUGGACGUGGUCCUGGGCCCCAUCCGGCUGCAGGCGCCAUAGCCAGGAGAGGAGAAGCCUGGCCAAGCGGCUCUGACAGCAUCGCCCUGCCUGUGACCAUCACCCCACCUGUGUCCUCUGUCUCCGCCAGCUCGUCCUGACCGACAUCCUCUCCGCCCCCACCUGCCGGCCACAGCCGGGCGCCACCGCAGCGCUGCCACCUCUCGGGGUCACAUGGGAGCACACCCCUACCUAGGCCCUCAGUUGCCUCUGACGCUGCAGUGUGACCUAGGAUUGCACAGGGUGGGGCUCCGAUCCGAGGGCCCUGGGACCCUGAGGACAGGAAGCAAGGGGUGCCGGAGCCUCAUGCCCAGCACACUGCCCGCUCUGCCAGGCACAGGGCAGGUGGCUGGGGCGGGGGUGGGAAGUCAGGGGCUGGGCGCCAGGACUGAGGGUCAGGCUCACAGGCACGUGUCAGGGACCCUCGGGGCAGCCCUGAGCCACACCUCCCGCCGUGAGCCUUUCCCAGGGGACGGCCUUCCUGGCCUUUUAGAACCCGCUUCUCAGGCCGCACCUGCCCUGCCCAUGUCGUGGACAAGCUGAAUAAAGGGCA